AUGGCGUUCUGCAACAAAUUACUAGUGUCAGUUGGACGUUGUAUGAAUGUUAUAGUAUUACUGUUAGGUCUUUGCCUAUAUGGCGUGGCUGGAAAGGUAUAUUCCAACGUAGGCCUACCUCUCUUGUCCAUGACCCUAGGUGACAUAUUUUGCGGCACAUUGGCUGUAAUAAUAGCAAUCUUAAACAUAUGUACGCUCAAGCGCCGCAGCAAGCUGGGCUUUCUAGUAUCUAAAAGUGUAGGAUUUGUCAACAUUUUCAUGUGGUUUGGACUAGCACUGGCCCACUACGUCACCCGCAACUUUAAGAUUUUACACUCUACCAAUCCGGAGGAAUUCCAGGAGCUUAUGAGGGUUACGUUGUACGGUUGUCUCGUAGGCUGUGCCACACAAAUACAAGUGACUAUAGUCUCGGUGUUGCUGACAAUGAUCAGCGGGAAUGUGGAUGACAUAGACCAAGUGGAGGCUGCGGAAGAUGAGUGUUCUGAUAUAGGGAGUUGCGAAGAGUUGGAUCUCCAAUCCACGACUCGUAGUAUCGUUGCCAAGUCUCCCAAAGACAUCAAGACGUGCGAAAUCGUCUAG